CCUCUUAUUCUUUCUUCGCUCGGAACUGACGGAUCUGGCCGUCUCACUGCGUUCCGCGUAGAUUUUCCAGUAUUAAAAUAGAUUUUCCGAAAUUUAUCGUAAAUAUAAUACAAUCAUUGCCCUGACGAUUUUACGAGUUUAUCAAUUCCACCGAGAUGCCGAAGAAUAAAGGAAAGGGAGGUAAAAAUCGUCGCAGGGGAAAGAACGAAAACGAAACCGAGAAGCGCGAACUCGUAUUCAAGGAAGACGGUCAAGAAUAUGCACAGGUAACAAAAAUGUUGGGUAACGGCCGUUUGGAAGCAAUGUGCUUUGAUGGUGUGAAACGACUGUGUCACAUUCGUGGCAAACUACGCAAAAAAGUCUGGAUAAAUCAAGGUGAUAUUAUUUUAAUUGGUUUGCGCGAUUACCAAGAUGCAAAGGCAGAUGUCAUUUUGAAAUACACACCAGAUGAAGCACGUAAUUUGAAGACUUAUGGUGAAUUCCCAGAAACAGUACGCAUCAAUGAAACAGUUACAUUUGUUGAGGAUGGUUUGGAUGAAGACAUUGAAUUUGGAGAUGACAUUAGUUCAGCAGAUGAAGCAGAUCCUGUUGAUGGUAUAUGAUGUCAGAUGAGUCCCAUAAAUAUAUUGUUAGAAGGAAAUGCCCUCUCUGCAUCUGCAACAACCACAUCCAAACAAGCAAAAACACUGAAAACAAGACCAGCUUUUGUUUUUGUAGAUUUUUUCUCAAUUCUAUAUUAUCUGUAGCCAAUUAUUGGGAUAUACUCAACAACUAUUUCUUUCUACAUCUGUUCUUUAUAUUUAUCUUGUUCUGAUAUACCAACAUGAAUAUAUGUAUAUCCACAUAUUCAUUAGUGUAUAUUGGUUUAUAACUAUGACAAUUUUGUUUGAACUAAUGAUGUGUUGACACGUCUUUUAUUAUAAAUCAAACAAUGUUUUGAUAGAGAAUUUACACCAGAGAAACAGACACUGAGUGUAUUACUGUGCUAUCUGUUUUGUUAGCGAUUUUUUAAUUAUUACUAAUUUAAAAACUAGUAAUAAUAAAAGCCAUUUUGGAAGUA